GUGCGCGCUGUUGGCCGCGGGGGUGCGCCUCUUGUCCCGGCAUUACGGUAGGAGGGCCAGGGCGCGCCUCUUCCACCUGCCAGCGGCCUUUAAAGUUGCAGCGGGCCGGGACACCCGAUGACUCGGGUCGCGGUGCCGGGGCCGGCAGCCGACAGCGCGCAUCGCGGUCCCGGUCCCGGUCCCGGUCCCGCAGCGGGGUCGGGGCGCUCCCGCCGCCUGUCUCCUGGGGAGCUGCUCGCCCUCGCUCCCGCUCUAUAGUUUUUGUCUCCCCCCACCCGGUGUCAGGGGGGCGGUGUGCCGGGAACCCCCAUGUCCGCCGCGGGCCACCCGGGCGCCGGCCGCGGCGCUGCCGCGGGUCACCGCUCCUCCGCGCCCCUGCAGCGGCCGGGCGGACGCGGGUAGCGCCGGAGCCGCCCCGCCGCGGGCCCCUCCGAGGCCGGCAGUCAUGGAGCCCGGCGCCCCCCCCGACCUCCGCGACGUGGAGCAGAAGCUGGGCCGCAAAGUGCCCGAGAGCCUGGCGCGGCCGCUGCGCGGGGAGGAGCACCCGGGCCGCGCCGCCGCCACCGCCAACACCGCCACCGCCACCACCACCGAGCCCGCCCGCGGCCCCGCUGCGGCCCCUGGCCCCCGCCGCCGCCGCGCCGCCGCCCUCGCACGUCUGGAGACGAAACUUCACCUCCUGCGGCAGGAGAUGCAGCUCUUUCCACAGUUCUUGACACAUAACUUGCUUGGUCAAACUCCAUACUAUUUUCUUGUUGGGAUGAGGAUUUCGCUGGCAGCUUGUGGAGGUGGCUUUAUGCAACUGUCUUGGAACUCUGCCACUCAGAGCGAACAAAGCAAUCUCAUCCUAUGUAAACAAGUACAAUGCUAUACCAUUGUGCCUGUCCUGGCGCAACCUCACGUUAAUCUCCGAGCCACUGAUGUCAAGCUUAUGCGCCAGCUACUUAUCAUCAAUGAAAGUAUUGAAUCAAUCAAAUGGAUGAUUGAAGAGAAGGCCAUUGCCAGCAGAGGUAGCAGUUUGAGUGGCAGCCUGUGCAGCUUAUUGGAAAGUCAGGACACAUCCCUCCAUGGCAGCUGUAACAGUUUACAAGACUGUAGUGAUGGACUGGAUGGAAUAUCAGUGGGGAGUUAUUUGGACACUUUAGUUGAUGAUGUCCCUGGUCGCCAAACGCCUUCUGAUAUGGACCAGUUCAGUGAUUCUUCUAUUAUGGAGGACUCACAGUCUCUGCAUAAACAUUCCAAAAUUGAUUCUGAUGAGUACUACUGUUUUGGUUAAUAAAAGCAAGUUUCAAUGGGACAUAUAUGCACUUGUAUUUAUCCUUUUUCUUUGCUGCUAUUUUAUUUCAUGUGCAAAACCCCAAAUUUCUGUUGGAAGGAAAUCAUGUUACAAUAUUUUGAUUCCACUUCAGAACUUUUCUGUUGCUUCUAACACAUUUCCUCCUUGGUGGGUUAUCUGCUUCUGUCCUGCUCAACUUUUCUUUCUCUUAAUUUAUUAUUGCAUUUUGUUUUUGUUUUUGUUUUACAGUGCUGUAUUUACAGAUCUUCCAAAGUGGUGAAGGAAAAGCUUUAUCUUUAAAAUGAGACAUCAGGGGAUAAGAGCAUCAAUUUUGUACUUGUAGGCAAUAAAAUACCUUCUGAUAAAUGUAUGUUGUGGUAAAUUUUCUUGACUACUGGGUUUGGCUUUUCCGAAGAAGCUGUUCUUACUGAGCCUUAAAUCUGAAUCUUGAAAAUACCUCUACAAAAUAAUUUUGUUUUAUAAGCAAUGAUAUUGGAUCCAGUUAAGCUGCCUUCACUUGGAGUUUAAAAUAUCCUAAACAAUAUGGGAGGGGGGGGGGCGGGGGGGAAGAGGGGAAUCCAUUCUUUCUGAAUUUUCUCAUGAUUCUUGUCUAGUUACAAUUUUAAAUUCCUGGCUUCAUUAAUGUCUUGAAGUGCAUUCCGAUACUGGAAGCUCUGCAUGAGAGAAUAUUUAAUUUUUGUGCUUUGCACCUUCCAUUUUUAUUGAACCUGAUGUUUUGUUGGCACAUCGUAUAUGUGUAAAAAGAGUGAAGGAGGCACCCCACGUUCAGAAUACCUAAUUCUGAUUGUUUGGAUACUGAGCCAACAAUACUCAACAGAAUUAUUUUUAAAAUAGUAUUUUUUAAAAUUAAGUAAUUUUUUUAAAAUGAUGGUUUUUUACCUUGAAAUUUUGAGGGAUCUAGUAAAACAUUUUACAAGAGGCAUCCUGCUAAAAGGCAAGUCCUGUUCUGUUUUUUUAUGCACACUCCCACCCCUAACAGGUUUACUUUGUUUUUGCAAACUAUUAUUAAUAAGAAGUGUUUCCCACUGGUUUUUUUGUUUCCUGUUUCACAAAUAAGAGUUUCUUCUAACCUUUUUGUGCCUACUGUUAUCUACUGUUAUGGUUGAGAGCUACAGUUAGUCUUUUACAUUGAAAAGGUCUGAGAAGAGAAACAGGAGCAAACUUCAGUGUAGAAAGUUCCUAGCUUUGAGACUCCCCUGGAACAUGAUUUUGUGUAGAUUAGGGAGCAAAUUUUUGUUUUAAUUGGUUUAGAAUCAUGAUGAAAGAAGAUUGUGUCCACAUACAGUAAAGGAAAAAUAAGAAAAAAUACAUAAUUUAACUGGGCUGUCAUGAAGAGAUUAAUGAAUUUGUAUUUCCAGCUUAUAUACAGUGAAAUAGGUGCUGAUACUUACACAUUAUCUGGAAGAGUCUUUUCAUGUCUGUCUGUAUUCCUACUGCCAUAAAGUAUGAAAAUUAUGGUAUAAACUAAUGUUUGCAAGGCUGCCUGUUUAAAAUAUGUUUUGCACAAUCUGAAGCAGUAAAGUCAAUACAUGUUUCAGUCAAAGGAUGUUGUCUGUGUUGAUUUUGAGAAACAGUAGUUUUCCAGAAAGGUUCUGCUCUUCCAAGUCAUGAUUCCAUGGAUGUGUUUUGUCCAGGCUUUAUCAAGAGCAAAUGUGGAGAAAAGGUAAAAAGUCAAGAAAUUGAAAGUGAUAAUUUGUGCUUUGGGGGUACCUCAAUUUUUUUCUCAAUACAAUAGGUGUUUAUGUCCAUCAAAAUUGAAAAGCAACAUAUGUAUUUUUUACUUCAGACAUUAUGAUUUGUUGAAAUACAGUGAAGAAAUUUGUGGUUAUCAAGAAUGAGGCUUCUCAGUGAGAGAGAGGCAACUGAUCAAACAGGGUUUUGCGGGUACCUCAGAAGUAAGCUUCUGAGAUCAACCAGGGUAUUACAGAUAGCUUGAAGAAAAACAGAUAAGCCCUGAAAUGACAAUGCUAUGUGGGCUUAAUUUUUGAAGUGUGGGGUUUAUUCAUUCAUUCAUUUUUAUUCAUUCCCUAAAUUAUGAUGGCUGGACAUAGUUUGGAAAAA